CUAGCAUAGAAGUGUUUCAAAUGUACUUCUUCCCUGAGAUCAUAUUUCUCCUCUCUUGUAGAGAAGUAUUGGAUGACAUUUUUAGCUAAUUGGUCAUUUUUAGCCUUAUGCAUUAUUUUAGCUGUUUGAAGAUGAACUAUAUCAGCAAGUUGAAGUAUUUGUGAUUUUAGAAAUAAGGAGUUAGUAUGUUCUCUGUAGGCGGCAUUAUGAAUUAUCCUUACUGACCUUUUUUGCAGUACAUUUAGCUUAGUGAAGAUUGCUUUUAUAGUUAUUACCGCAUACAUAUUUCCGCACAAUAAGUAAGAUAUGGUAGAACCAGAGAGCAAUAAAGAGUGUGGAGUGAUUUCUGAUUUCUGAGAACAAAUUUUGCUUUGUUCAAUAUUGAAAUAUUUCUGGCCACAUUAUGUUGUAUAUUUGUAAUAUGAGGUUUCCAGCUCAUAUUUUAAUUUAUUGUGAUCCCCAGAAAUUUAUUUUCGUUGUAUAUUAUCACAAAGGAAUAAAAACUAAGUAGUAAACUUUCAUGAAAGUAGAAAAAAGAGGGAUCGGGGUUUGUAGUAAAGCCACUAAGAUACUGCUAAUAUAUGUUUAAGAAAUGUAUGUGAGGAAAAAGCUAUAUGUGAUUGGCGGCAUAAUGGCUUGGAGCCUCAGGUGGAGUUGGAAGGAGAGGAGUCAAACAGUAAGCAAGACGCUGACAGAGAGCAAGGGAGAGGGAGGGAUCCUGAGUGUGUGUGUGUGUGUGUGUGUAGAGAGAGAGAGAGCAAUUGAGUGUGUGAGGUAGAGAGAUUGCGAGGAGAGGGAGGGAAGUGUAAGCCAGUCACAGCAUCUCUCCGUACUGCACCAGGGCUGAGGGAUUCUUCGUCCCAUUGUGUCCCUCACUGCAGAAUUAGCACAGUUCCAUCUGCGUAGUCAUCUUUUUUUUUUUUUUUUUUGCUUUUUACUUGCUGCUUUUUGCUCCAUCUCUGUCUUUUAUGCCUGCACCAAAGGAUUUACUCAUUAGGAAAACGGGUUGUCCUGUGUUACGGAAUUACAGGGGACAUUUUGCAAAGGACAGUAGAAUUCUGAAGGGGACUCAGCUUUUUUUUAUGUAUACUAGGGCGGAUUUCUCUUUUGUUGCGCAGCAAGUGUUUUUUUUUUUUUUUUCCUUUCUCUGAGCGACAGACAUACUGAGAGAGGAGUUCAAGGAAGGCUCUACAGGACCCCUGUGCCUUUUACGCCUUUCCAACUAAACAGAAUGCAUGCUUAAAAAGGCAAAAGCUGUUGUCACGCUAAGCAUUGGAAGGAAAUGAGUCCCCACUCCUGAUUGCUUCAGAAUACCAACACGAGAAUGCAAGUAAAGAGUAUGAGAUUGAAAAAGUAGUUUGCCGACUGUACCCAAGUGUGUGUGUGUGUGUGUGUGCUACAGGAUUGCUGAGGAGUCCAAGUGAGGGGAGCACUGAGUUAUUCAGCUGGCCUCUCAUAGCUCCUGGAGAGUCCUUUCUCCUGCCUCCAAUGGGAGUCUGACAUUUCAUGCCUUCAUCAUCAGCCACUACGACUGUUGCAUUUUUAUUUUUUUUUCUUCUCAAAGUCCAGAACUUUGAUAGCUGAAUUUGCACGCUGGGAUUUAUAUUUGAAAUAGCAUUUUUUGCAGCACUCAUGCACUACUUUCGAUGUGCUUUUUAAAAAAAAAUGUUGGUUUCUGCACAUGGAUGCCUUGGCAAUACACACCGAGCCCGUGUGUGUUGAGAGAACUGUGACAUUAUCUCCUGUGGAGAGAUCCCCAUGUUUAUUUAGCCUGUGUCUGUGUUUUGACUCUCACAAUAGUUAGGCAUACAUGGGCUCCAGACACUGACAAGAGGACCACCAAAAUAAGGGGGGGGGAUUAUAAACACAGUAACCCCAGUACAAUCAAAUUCUGGAUUUUAUUGAAGAUAUUGAUAUUUCCCCUCUGAAUUCAAAUGUAUACAUUUUAAAUGGAACUCCACUCAGUAAAUUUGAUCUCAUCACCUGUUCUGCAAUGGGAGCCAAUAUGUUGCAUAUAUAGCGAAUCUUUUGCGGGAAUCUGUGAAAGCAUUCUGUUUAAUACACUAAGCUCUUCAUCAGGUUUCUUUCCUUGCAACGGCUUUCAUCUCUGUGUUCGUGGAAAACGGCUUAUUGCCUCAGCCUCUUGGUGGUAACCCUUUUGAAACGGAAAAGAUAAAAAGGCCACAGGCUGGCAAAGCAGAGCAGCAUGGAACCUCACCUCUAGGACGGAUGCUCACUUCAGCUAUAAUUUCGCUCCGCUUCGGGUUUAUUGAAGAAAUAUGCUUUUCCCCAUCGCUACUCUUAAAUGUGAUUUCGCUUUUUCCGCAAAGCAUGCUGUCCGAAUGGAAAACAGCCUACCCGUCGUACCCAUCCAAAAGCAGAUGGCAGGUUAACGGGUCCUUGAAUGAGACUCAUCAAUGUGAAAGAGAGCAAGAGAGCGUGUUAAGUUGUAUUAACUGAAGCUGGCCACAGGGACCCGGAGAGGAGUAAGCAAUUUGAAGUUCCGUGCUGUUGCCUCAUUGGAGUUCUAAAACAACCCCCGGGCCCCACAAGGAUAAAAAUCCAGAACGAUGAAUCUGUCCGACGCAACAACAACGGACCCAGUUCUCGCGGCAAACAGCAGCCUCGGCGACGUCCUUUCCGCGGCCUCCAACCACUCCUGUCCCUUAGGAUGGGGGCUGAAAGAAGGCUUAGAGGCUUGCAUCCUGGAGACCGCUGUCGUCGUACUACUGACAGUGCUCAUUAUCACCGGGAACUUGACAGUGAUUUUUGUAUUCCACUGUGCCCCGCUGUUGCAUCACUACACCACCAGCUACUUCAUCCAGACUAUGGCCUACGCUGACCUUCUGGUGGGUCUCAGCUGCCUGGUACCCACAUUGUCUUUGCUCCACUACCCAAGUGUCCAGGAGCCCAUCACUUGUCAAGUCUUCAGCUAUGUCAUCUCCGUUCUAAAAAGUGUUUCAAUGGCGUGUUUGGCUUGCAUCAGUGUGGACCGCUAUCUGGCUAUAACGAAACCGCUAUCUUACAAUCAACUGGUAACACCAUGCCGGCUACGAAGCUGCAUCACCCUCAUAUGGGUUUACUCCAGCUUGGUAUUCCUGCCUUCUUUUUUUGGGUGGGGCAAGCCCGGCUAUCACGGGGACAUUUUUGAGUGGUGUGCACAGUCGUGGCCCACUUCUGCUCUCUUUACGGGCUUUGUGGUGUGCUUACUUUAUGCACCUGCUGCACUCGUGGUGUGUUUUACCUACUAUCACAUAUUUCGCAUUUGCCAGCAGCACAACAGGGAGAUCAGUGAACGACGUGCACGUUUUCCCAGCCAAGAAAUGGAAGCUGUCGAAGGAGGUGCUGAUGGACAGCAAGGAGGACACGGACCAGAUCGGCGUUACGCCAUGGUGCUCUUCCGCAUCACAAGUGUUUUCUAUAUGCUGUGGCUGCCCUACAUCAUCUACUUUGUGUUAGAGAGCUCCCAUGUCUUGGACAGCCCCGCUCUCUCCUUCAUUACCACUUGGCUAGCCAUUAGCAACAGUUUUUGCAACUGUGUCAUCUACAGCCUGUCCAACAGUGUGUUCCGCUUGGGCAUGCGUAGGCUCUCGCAGACAAUUUGCUCCUUCAGCCACUGUGCCGCUGAUGACAGGGACUUUGGGAAGCCUAAACCGAGAAAAAGGGCAAACUCAUGCUCCAUUUAAUUAUAUGACCGCUAAAAUAUAGACAUACAGUUCAUAUACAUUGUCAAGUGACGCUUUGUGGUGACAACUCUGUCAUUCCCUCGGCCACAGUCUGCAGUGCUUUACUGAAUUUUGAGAUCAUUAAGUGUGAUUUAUUUACAGUUUUUUUUUUAAUGAGAGAUAGUCAGCCUGUGACUGCAUUCGUUAUUUGCCUAGUGGUGAUGGUGGUGAUGAUUAUUUCCCUGCAGAUGUAAAGAUAUAUGUUUAGUGAAAUGAGGGAGCCGAGGGAGUUGGAUGAAGAAGAUGAUCUGCAGAAAACCUCUGCUCCACAAAUAAUGUGUCAAGUUUGCAAAUGGAUAUUUAUUAAACAAAAACGUUGACCCUUUUUACUCAACAAUGAAGUGUGAAACUGUGAACCAAAUAUGGGGAAUUAAAGAGGUUAUUAGUUUUAAUUGGCAUCUUUAUGACUGUAAUUCAAACAGGACUCUUGACAAAUUAUGAUAAUUUUUUAUUCAUUCAGUCAUUCAUUUUCUACCGCUUAUCCUCACGAGGGGCGCAUGGGGUGCUGGAGCCUAUCCCAGCUGUCUUCGGGCGAAGACAGCUGGACUGGUGGCCAGCCAAUCACAGGGCACAUAUAGACAAACAACCAUUCACACUCACAUUCAUACCUAUGGACAAUUUGGAGUUGCCAAUUAACCUAGCAUGUUUUUGGAAUGUGGGAGGAAACCGGAGAAAACCCACGCAUGCACGGGGAGAACAUGCACACUCCACACAGAGAUAGCCGAGGGUGGAAUUGAACCCUGGUCUCCUAGCUGUGAGGUCUGCCUGCUAACCACUCGACCGCCGUGCCGCCUGAUAAUUUUUUUUGUUGAAAAUUAAUAUUAAAUUAAUAUUAAAUUUUCAUAUUGCAUUAGGGUUAUCUAGAACCGUCUAUUACCCUUUUGAAAGCCCCUUUUACAGCACUGCCUUAUUUUUUUUACAUCAAACUUGAAGGCAUUAACAAGACUGACCCUUUCUUUGGUUUGAUAAGAAUGCCAUCACACAGAUUCACUGGGGAAAAGUUUUGCUUGGUACCUGCAAGAUAUUUUAUAGCAUGUCAUAUAUGCAUAGAAAUGUCCUAAAAUUAAUUCCAAAAUCCUGAUAAAUAACAUUUAUUGUCAGUCCCUCAGAGAGUUUGAGUCCACCACUUUGCUUCACUUUUCCGUAAUUUACCAUUAACAUUAAUUGCACCAUCUGCUGGUAGUUACCAAUCGAUGCAGGCCUCUGUUAUCACAUUAACUUAGUUGCUGUGUUUAAAUUCCCAGACUGCUGCCCUGUACGUUUUGCUUAUCCGCCUACAAGUACUACUCUUUAAGUAGUGCAAUUCCUCAUCUAUAUGGCAGAAGAUGAUUACUUGAUGAUGAUGAUUACUAUUGCUAUAUUGCUACAGUUCUUCUUGUCAUUCAAUAGAAUGCACAUUGAGAACAAUUCACUUUAUGAAUAUGUAUUGCAUUGCUCCCCCCGUGUCUUGGAUAUCUGGUUCAGACGUCUUGUAUAAAUCAGUAAGGUUAAUUCUUUGCUGAUGUUGUGACUGAUUAUCAUUAGAAGUCGAACUACUAACCAGUGGCUCCACUACAUCAUGUCAAUAUUGCUAACCUCAUACCGACUGAAUAGUUAGCUGCGGUUCUUUAAAUGAUCCUUGCAGGCCAGCAAUUCAGUCGUAAAUUUUAUUUUUUUUCUGCUCAUUUCCAUUGAUGACAAUUAGUCUAACUGAUGUCAACAUUGUAUCUGUAAAUUAAUAACGUUAGACUAGGUUUUGUGAAUUCCCUUCCACGGUAUAUAUCCAAAAAAAACUUGGUUUGUAUGAGAAAACGCAGAAUAGCUGUGCUAAAUACUAGAGAUGUGUUCUAUUGAUAGAAUGCUCUGUUAAGGGGAAGUAGUACUGUGGAGUAGAUGCAGUUCAUGAGGCCUGACUAUUGUGUAACAAUAUGGUAACAACACAGAAACAAUAGUCCUAACAAUUGAUAGCUUGGUUGUUACCAUGUAGUGUACAUUUUUGAAUGUGAUUGUCCAAGUAAAUUUUCCAGUAUUUUUGGUCAAAAAAUUGCACAAUUUAUUAUUCUUUUGGAGUGAUUUUUUUUUUUUUUUUUUUAAGAUAGAUGGUCGUGUGAAUUUCUGUGUCGGCUCACUGUUUCAAACCUCCAAGGGCAUCGAAUGCAUAAUGUAGACUUAAUUGAAUCAGUGUCUGUAUUCCCAGAACCAAAACUGAAGUGGUAGGAAUUCAAAAUGUUACCAUGUUUAAACAAAAUGUUUUAAUUUCAAGUGCAGUAAGAAAAAAAAAUGGAUGAUUUUAUUUAUUUAAUGAAAUUAUAUGUAAGUCUUUACACAAUAUUCUGUACAUGGGUAUACUGUAAAGUGGGUGUGUUUCAAACCUGUUGUAAAAAAAAAAUAUAUAUAUAUAUAAUGUAUUGUGUUAAAUUAUUGGGUUCUUAUGUUUUUGAUUAUAGAGGGCCAUGUGUUGAUAGCACAACAUCUAUUUUUUUAUUUCCGAAAUUUUGACAAAGGUUUUGUUGUUACCGACAAAAUAAAGGUGACAAUAACAAGAACUUGACAUGUGAUAUUUCUCAGCUCAGAUUCAUGAUUUUACCCCCAAAUAAUUAUAUAUAUUUUGCAGUGUAUGUCAUGAGACAUACAGAUUCGAUUUUUUUGAUGGAAAAAAAAAUCAGGAAGGUAUAUUUGCAGUAUGCAAGACAUUGGAAGAACACAAUUCAUUAUAUGUGGACUUUGAAAAAAAAACAGCAAACCAGCAAAACCAGGCAUGGAAGUGACACUUUCUUCUCUAAAACAUUUCAAUAUAAGCUUCUCCACAUAAACAUCAAUGAUUCUUACCAGCUAGCGCCAAAUUUAUCUGUGGCGGUCCAAAUUUAUUUGUGGCAGGCUCCCGCAAAUAAAUUAAUGUAUGGUAAACGCCAAUCUGGAGGUCGUUUGAGUGACCUCACUUGACAAACCUUUGGCAUUGUGAGUUAGUCCAUAAUCCCCCUGCAGAGGUACUGUCAUUUGUCUUUUAGACGUCUAGGCUGGAUGGUGUUCAAUGCACAAAGAACUUGAUCCUCACGGUGUACCCAGGCUUCUUCAAGUGUAGAACAGUGGUCAGCAACCUUCAGCCAUUUAAGUUUCGACCUAACGUAUUCCAUCAAAUCUAUUUGACCGCUCAAUUGAAAGUAAUGCUACACGUAUAGUUUCCUUAAGCGUAUCGCCACAUCGCUUUUCUCUCUUCCUGUUCCUCCUGGCGGAGCGAUAAGCCACAUCUGUUACCACUUGGCAAUUAGUCAUGCUUCUUCAGCCCUUUCCACCGAUUUCAGAUUAACAUUCAUAAUAAAAAUGUUGUAGGGCAUUGAUUAGCUCCAGGUUCAGUACGUCUCUCCGUUUCGCUUUAGUUGCCAUUGUUCAUUAGUGAUAAAGAUCUAACAAGCGUUAUAGUUGACCAGCAUCGUGGCCAGUUUUGAAUUGCACGGCACUUGCUCAACUGCAACGGAGAACUUUGACAGCUUCAUGAUAGCAUCAGAAGUAUAAAAGAGCAGCAGGUUGCGAAGAAUAAUGACUGUAUCUUCUGCAAAUGUAUUCUUGACUACGGUGUCUUCCAAACAUAACGUUCUUGAGAUUUAUCAAGCGAGUGCACAUAAUAGGAAAGUGAGGUAUGACGGUAGAAGAAGGCAAGUAGAAAGAAUUCUGUAUUUGGGUUAGAUGUCUUGUACAUGAAACUGUAAAUGUAUUUAUUAAAAUUGUUUGGAUUUUUCUCUUUGAUCUGUUUUAUAUUUGGUUAUUCAGUGAAGGAUGGUGUUUUAUGCUCCUUACAGAAAACAUUUCCUCCGCUCUCGCUAGUUAGCCAAACCAACAUCGGCUUCCAAGUGGAGGCAUGCUCAAUAUUCAUGGCCCUCCACUAUACGCAAUUCUCUUUUAUUUCCACAAAUGGGAGCACGCAGUGCUUCCUGCUGCGUGUCCUCCUCUUUUCGGUUUCAUUGAGGAAGAACCACCUGACCUUGUUUGAAGUGGAGAAGUCGUGGUUUGAGGGGAAGUCACUUCCUUCUGCAUGUGUGUGCUUGGUGUUUGGUGGGUUCAUUUAAGGCUACUCUCAAUGAAUAUACGUUUGACUUUUUUAUAUGUAACAGUGUAAAUCAUUCAUUCAUUCAAGGUCGCAGGGGUGCUGGAGCUUAUCCCAGCUGUCUUCGGGGCGAGAGGCGGGGUACACCCUGGACUGGUCGCCAGCCAGCCUAGUACCAGCCUAGUACCCGGAGAAAACCCACGCAUGCGCGGGGAGAACAUGCAAACUCCACACAGAGAUCGCUGAGGGUGGGGAAAGACAAAAUAAGAAGCCGAAAAGUUACCACUUCCACACAAAAUAGGAGGAGAACUCAUUCAUUCAUUCAUCCAUUUUCUACCGCUUAUCCUCACGAGGGUUGCGGGGGGUGCGGGAGCCUAUCCCAGCUGUCUUCGGGGCGAGAGGCGGGGUACACCCUGGACUGGUCGCCAGCCAACCACAGGGCACAUAUAGACAAACAACCAUUCACACUCACAUUCAUACCUAUGGACAAUUUGGAGUCGCCAAUUAACCUAGCAUGUUUUUGGAAUGUGGGAGGAAACCGGAGUACCCGGAGAAAACCCACGCAUGCAUGGGGAGAACAUGCAAACUCCACACAGAGAUCGCCGAGGGUGGGGAAAGACAAAAUAAGAAGCCGAAAAGUUACCACUUCCACACAAAAUAGGAGGAGAACUCAUUCAUU